UUUACAGCCACAGGGCAAGGUCCAGGUGGACAGACCUUUCCACCCCCAACUUGACAGGGCUUCCCAAAAGCUCUCCAGCACCCAGAGGCAGUGUGUCCAAAGCCCAGUCUGGGUGACACAGCCAUGGUGCUCUGGAGUCUGGUGCUAGGAGCCCUACUGGUGGCCACUGUGGGGUGCCUGUGUCUGCUAGGGCUGUUCCGGCAGCACAGGCCCCAGGAGCCCCCUCUGGAUAAGGGCUCUGUGCCCUGGCUCGGCCAUGCCAUGGCUUUCCGGAAGAAUAUGUUUGAAUUUCUGAAGUGCAUGAGGGCCAAGCAUGGGGACGUGUUCACAGUGCAGCUAGGGGGCCAGUACUUCACCUUUGUCAUGGACCCCCUCUCCUUUGGCCCCAUUCUUAAGGAUGUGCAAAGAAAACUAGACUUUGUGAAGUAUGCAGAAAAACUGGUGCUAAAGGUGUUUGGAUAUGGCUCAAUACAGGGAGACUACCGGAUGAUCCACUCAGCCAGUACCAAGUACCUCAUGGGGAAUGGCUUGGAGGAACUCAACAGAGUCAUGCUGAAGAGCCUGUCCCUGGUUAUACUGGGGCCCAUGGGCCACAGUCCAGAUGCCAGUUGCUGGCGUGAGGAUGGCCUCUUUCACUUCUGCUACAAGAUCUUGUUCAAGGCCGGCUACCUGAGCUUGUUCGGCUACACGAAGGGCAAGGAGCAGGACCUGCUACAUGCAGAGGAGUUAUUCAUGCAGUUUCGUAAGUUUGACCGCCUAUUUCCCAGGUUUGUUUACUCCCUGCUGUGGCCCCAGGAGUGGCUAGAAAUCCGCAGGCUCCAGCGUCUCUUCCACAGGAUGCUCUCUGUGGAACACAACUUGGAGAAGGACAGCAUAAGCAACUGGAUAUCCCACAUGCUGCAGUUCCUGAGGGAGCAUGGUGUGGCCCCCGACAUGCAAGACAAGUUCAACUUCAUGAUGCUCUGGGCCUCCCAGGGGAACACGGGGCCUACCUGUUUCUGGGCCCUCAUGUUCCUCCUGAAGCACCCAGAAGCCAUGCAGGCUGUGAGGAAGGAGGCCACCCAAGUCCUGGGGAAGGCCAGGCUGAAGACCGGGCAGUCCUUCGACUUCGAGGUCAGUGCCCUGCACCACACCCCAGUGCUGGACAGCGUGGUGGAGGAGACUCUGCGGCUGGGGGCUGCGCCCACCUUGCUCCGGGUGGUGCAUGGGGACCAUACCCUGCAGAUGGCCAGCGGGCAGGAGUACCUGCUCCGCAGUGGCGAUAUCGUGGCCCUCUUCCCUUACCUCUCAGUGCACCUGGACCCUGACAUCCACCCCGAGCCCACUGCCUUCAAGUAUGAUCGUUUCCUCAAUCCCAACGGCAGCCGAAAAGUGGACUUCUACAAGGCAGGCAAGAAAGUCCACCACUAUACCAUGCCGUGGGGUUCUGGUGUCUCCAUCUGCCCUGGGAGGUUCUUGGCCAUCAGCGAGGUGAAGCUCUUUGUCCUGCUCAUGGUCACAUACUUUGACCUGGAGCUGGUGGACCCUGACACGCCUGUGCCUCCCGUGGACCCCCAGCGCUGGGGCUUUGGCACCACGCAGCCCGGUCACGAGGUGCUCUUCCGCUACCGCCUGCAGCCUGCCGAGUGAGCUCUGCCGGCACGGCUGCACAGCUGCCCCUUGGGGGUCUCUGCCUCCUCAUACCCCCUGAAGCUGCCGCUCCCCACUGACGCCCUCCCCUGGCUCUGGUGGCGCCCCCUGCCCCUGUCCUAGUCGCCCUUCUUGCUCUCCAGCCUCCUUCUAGUCACCUCACAGGCUUCUCGUUCUCUCUCUAAAACACCAUCUCCCCCAGCGGGCUCUGCAGAACCCACCUGUCAGAGGAAGUCCAGGGGGAGGGGGCUCCCUGGGGGCAGCUCAGUUUGGGAGAAGUGCCUCGGCAAGCCCUGCGGUACAGAAACUGGCUGCCGUGAGUAAUGCAGCGUCUUGCAGCUGUUAGCCCCACCCCCCCACCCUGCUUAAUUUUUUUCCUCAGCACUUACUCCACAUCCUGUGGAAUUCAGGUUCUGGAACAGUAUGGUCCAAUAGCAAUAUGAGGCAGGCCGCAUGUGUCAUUUUUCAUUUCUUAGUUGACACAUUUUUAGGAAGGUAAAAGAAACAGGUAAAACUUAUUUUUAUAAUAUAUUUUACUUAACUGAAUCUAUCCAAAGUAUUAGCAUUUCAACAUGUAACCAACAUAAAUAUUAGUGACAUAUUUUUACGUUUCUUUUUUCAUGUUGUCUUCAAAAUCUGGUACAUGCUUUUCACCCUGGCAGCAUGUCUUGGCUCAGACUAGCCACUAAGUGCUCGGAAGCCACCUCUCAGCCCCUCCCUUGGUUCCCACAACUUGCUGAGCUCAGGGCUCUCUCCUACUUCCAGAACCCCCGUGUCCCCAAAGGGGUCUCACAGCACCUAUGACUUACUUGGCCUAUGCGGAACUCAACAUCUGUCCCCCCACCCCUGCCCUGAGCUACCCUUUCUAAGCAGAGGUCUCCCUGCCUCUCUCUGCCUAGGACUCCACUGCCCACUCCAGCAUCCCUCUCAGCCACAGACAAGCAGGCCCCAGUCUGUCAGCCUGACCCUCUGUGGUGCCUCUGAACCAUUUCCUCUCUUCCCCACCCCUGUUGCCAUUCUUAUAGCUCAGAACUCAACAU